CCCUCCUUCAGUCAAAGACAAAAAACAGGAUAUAUGUGCCACCAAGCCAUCCCCUUUAGCUCCUUUCUCAAUUCUUCACCCGCUUUCCACCCCAGCGCACCUGCAAAAGCCUUGCUCUCUUUAUUCUUCCACCCAGCCCCCUCCCCAAAGAAGUUUCUUCAUCAGUUCAUCUUCUAACAUGUCCUGCUCUUCAUUCUCCCCCUAAUUGCAGUCUCCCUCUCUUGGUGACAGCUUGUCACCAAUUUUUUGGUUUAAUGCAUCUUCCCAUUUGAUCGUCUCUCUUUCUCUCUCUCUCUCUGUCGGUCUGUGUGGCUAAUCUGUGAAGGUGCAGAAUUCAGGUGAGUUAUCUCCUCUCUUGACUGAUCGACUGACUCUCCUUGGUUCUUGCUGCAUAAGUUGGAUGGCUUCUCCAGAGUACCAACAAAUUUGGGUACCUGUGGAAAACUCAACAGAUUGCUCACAGGGGUUCUGCACCUUCUAUUGUCCUCAAUGGUGCUACGUGAUAUUCCCUCCACCUCCUCCACUUGGCUUGGAGGGCCAGGAUUCGGGAUCAAGUUUCUCCCCUUUGGUUAUUGCCAUAAUUGGAAUCCUGGCUAGUGCUUUCCUUCUCGUUACAUAUUAUACCGUGGUAGCGAAGUAUUGCGGCAAUAGGGAUUCAAACAGGAGACGGUUUCAGGCGAAUCCGAAUGAGAAUUUGGAUGAAAAUCAUCAAAACGCUUCUGCACCUGAGCCAUGGCAGGCACCAACUUCUGGUUUGGAUGAAUCUGUUAUCAAAUCUAUCGCGGUUUGCAAGUAUAAAAGAAGUGAUGGGCUCAUUGAAGGAACAGAUUGUUCUGUUUGCUUGAGUGAGUUUCAAGAAGACGAGAGUCUAAGGUUGUUGCCCAAGUGUAGCCAUGCUUUCCACGUUCCCUGUAUUGAUAGAUGGCUGCAGGCACACCCAAAUUGUCCGCUCUGUAGAGCAAGUGUAGUAUGUAAUCCUACCGCAGUUCCUGUUCAGUUGCCACCGUCAGAGAUCGCGAUUGCAGUACCUCAAGAAAUUCCGGAGCAAACGAGCUCGUCGGGAAAUGAGUUUUUCUUUGAUAUUCCGGUAACCGAGGAAGUGGGGAGCAGUAAUGUUGGUGUAGAUUAUUCGACUCUUAUGGGUGGGAUUCAUCGUGACGAAGAAAGUUCCAGAGGUGUGGCUCCUAAGGUCCCUACGAGAGCUCUAAGUGAUUUGGGUACGGAGGAAGACGCAAUAAUUGAGAUUAGCAAUGACGAAAUCCAGACAUUGAGGCGAUCGGUCUCGAUGGAUUGGUCGAGCGGGAAUGGCAUGUCCAUUUCUGAUAUACUGUUGAUAGAUCAUGAUAUAGAACAGGAUGGUGAUGGUGAAUCUGCAACACGAGGUUGCGAGAUUGCUAUGGAUGCUGAACGAUCAAAGUCUGUCGCAGGGGAGCAGAGCAGUUGCAGAAAUAGGUUGGAGGCUUCAAGAAGAAAGAUAUUGCACACGGUGAGAACUCCACUGAUAAUGAAAAGGUCAUUAUCUGGUGGGAAGUUCCUCUUCCCCAGAAACGGCAGAGGAAGCAACACGGUCCUUCCACUCUGAAAACGCCUUACGAUUUGAUUCAUAUUAUAGAGAUAAAACUCCAAUUUGUUAGUUUUCUUGCCUUAUUCUCUUUCUCCCAGUUUCUUGAGAAAUCAUCUGUAAUGGUUUAACGAGUCCUGAUGGUUUCUUAAAAUGGGAUAAUCAAAGAUUGCGAGCUCAGUUGCAGGAAUGGCUUUUUGUGGUCUA